UUGCCUCCCUGUUGUUCUUGUUUUCUCCCGUAUUGUUUUCCUAAAUCUCGGACAAAAACUAGAGGCCUAAAACGUGGGCCUGAUGAGGCCCUUACUCUCAUGUUUCCCCGUGAUUUUCGCGGUUUUUGGGCCGAUUAUUGCGGUUAAGCCCGUAUGGAAGACGCCCGUCUCUGAGCCGAAUCCAAAUGCGAAUCUCGAAGUUUUAAAGGGACACUCGAAUUUGGCGAAGCGUGCUCAACCGAACUACUACACACGUCCCGAGCAGGUCUCGAUUCCGGAAUACCGUCCACCUCGUCAACGUCUUCCACCGUUACCAUCUCCAAAGAUCUCAUAUCAACAAGUUCCUCCACAUCAACUAACAUCUGGUGGAAGCUUCCGACCAUUCGCUUGGGUUGGCCCUCAACCAAAACCCGGCAGCCCUCAAACCAGUUACUAUGAGAAUUCUCCAAACAAGGGCCAAUUUCCAAAGGGAUUACCUCCAUUGCCACCAAAUUGGCAGCAGUAUCCAGUGCAGAUGAUAUGGAUUCCAGACACGCCAGGACAAACUACUGGAGCGUACCCGUAUUAUCCGGGACCCGCUGGACCGCCCGUGCCAGUUUCAACAGGAAGCUAUGGCCUGUAUGGACCAACUGUGACAACCGAGAAGCCAAUGGAACCGUCGGUCAAUCCGGAAACGUAUACAGGAACCGUCGCUCACAGUCCCUCUGCCAACCCUAUCACCACUACUAUACCUUACGAGCCCCCAAAUCCAUAUGGAGGACAGACUCAGGUGUCCCCGUCUUCAAAUUCCUAUCCGGAUUCAACAGUCUCCACUACUUCGAGCAACACGGAAUCCUAUGAACAGCCAUCUACAUCUCCCUCAGAAAGGCCUAGAUCAUCAACUCGGGAUUUUGAAAAUGGAAAUGGAAAAACUGUAAAUCCAACCAUCCGCCCAGGACCUCAAGAGCUUAGUGGUGGAAUUGGAACUUCUUCCAAGCCUAGACUGCCUAAUGACGCCGACUACACUAGAGAUGUAGAGACUGGAAGCUCUGAAGUUACAACUCCGUUUGGUAGAAACACGGAAAGCUCUACUCCUUCUAAAAGCCCAGGAUCAACAAGUUCAUCCGACACCACUCCGUCUUCUAACGAAAAUGGGAAAGAGACAACUCCAUUCGAGAUGACCAAAAAUCCAUUCAACGAUCUUAAAACCAUCCGACCAAUAUAUCUAGGUUCAAGUUCUGACGAAGAAGAUGACGAACCGCUAGAGGAUAUCAGCAAGGCAACCGAUUCCCCACAUUCUUCAGAGAAAUCUCAGAUUCCUGGAUCACCAGGUUCACAGAUAAAGAAUCCAUUGAAACCCUCUUCAACGGAAUCGGAAACUAUUGGACCGGAAUCCUCCGAGUCAGAAGACGACGGAGAGCGAAGCACGCCAACUCCACAAGAGGAGGAAGAGGAAAUGAUGAGGAACUUCUUCCCAAGACCUGUCAGUGCUCAAGCAUAUCAGCCGCCAGGACAUCAGCCGGAAGAUUUUACGAGUCAUAUCAACGUGAAUUUCAAGAGACCAAAAGGCAAAGGAGGAUGUGUAACACCGCCGUGCAGAGGAGUGGAUACUGAUAAGAUAUCCCUCUACAAGCCAGACCGUGACAAUGAGGACUCGAGCCCGACACUCGUGAUCAGUAACGCUGCAAAAGACGAUGCAUCGCGUGCCGGAUACAAACCAGCUCCACCACUGAUCAAUCCAUACAUCCCUCCACCACCGCCCCCGCAUCCUGAAGAAGAGUAUGCCACGCCGUACACCGUUCCCCCCGGCAAACAACCAUUCCCACCAUUUGGAGAAGGACCUGCGACUCCGCCAAGAAGCCUGAUCCCGGCGCAUAAUUUCCCUCCUCCAAGUACUUUCCCACCUGAUGAGGAUUACCACGAGACUACGACAGAUACCGUCCGUCCAACUGCUCAGACUAUUUCUACUAGAUUUACUGCCCCGACAACUACCACAACAUCAAAGCCCGUUGAAUCCACAACUACCGAGGAAGAUACUCCGGAGCAUGUUCCACCUGCAAUUGUUCAUAUGACCGCGUCGACGCCAAGUGGGAAGAACCCUCCAACCUAUAUUCCACUGCAUCCAGAGACAUCCCAGUCCACACCAACUCCAACAACAUCUGCUAGAUCCACGAGACCGACAGCUUCAGUCACAAGACGACCCGAGUUCCCAACUAGAAAUACUCCACCAUUUGGAGGAAACGUGCCAAAUGGGCCGUCUUCUACGGUACCACCUGCCAGCAAUCCAACCACUGAAGGAUACUUCACACAAGUCUUCACUGACCGAGAGAAGACAAAUUCCGGAGAGUCUGUAGUGACCACCACAGCUUCAUCUACUGAUUCUGAAACUCCAGGCUCUGGAUCAUUCUCGACAUCACCUCAAACCACUGCUGGAUGGAUCUACACAUCUACCGACGCUACACCAGAAUCUGAAUACUCCACUGCAUCAAGCUUCCCAACUCUAUCAACUUCUGAUCGUUUCACACCGUCUGAAUCAUCUAGAAGCACGGAGACCACCACCGUCAUCACGCCGUUCACUGAGACAUUCGAGUCUUCUACACUGACUCCUGAUCAAUUCGAAGAUGUGACCUCUACAUUUACAGAUAGAUUCAGACCGUCGGAAUAUGCCACGUCACCUACACCUCCUUCGCCGACUCGCGUCGUCACCGCAAGCUUCCCGCCGAACGAGGGAUCAUCACCUGGAAUCUUGCCAAGCACCAACCCGCCACCCAGAAAUAAUCCAUAUGCUCCUCCAGAGGGUGCUCCAAGGGUACCAAAUCGGUUGAUUGGAAAGCCGAGAAUCCUCUGUCUGGAGGAUGGAAUCAGUUUCGAGGUUAAAACCAUUUUGCCGCUCACCGGAGAAGUCUUUGCAAAUGAUAGGAAACGGGUUCUAGAAUGCCACAAAUCCUUCACUGAAGAGGCCAAGCCAAAAAUGUUCCUGCCAUUUUCCACGUGUGGAGUCAAGAAUGUUGGUGAACAAGUGGACAGCAGAGCUCAAUACCACAUGCAAGUGGUUCUCAUCAUUGAUCAAGGAAAUGGCACGAACACUUUGCAAUCAUUUAUGGCUCAAUGUGUCCAUCAGAAGGUCAAUUAUAACAAGCAAGUGCUCCCGAAGAGAAUUGAAGAGGCUCUGGAAGAACUCCGCUUAGUACCAUCAAAGUUGGAGCAGAAAGCCUCUAUGCCGAGUGUUCAAAUGCAAAUUGUAGUAGACGAGGGACAUCACAAGCUUGGCGCUGAGGUCAGUGCUGCUGACAUUGGAAUGCCACUGGCUCUUAAAUGGAGUAUGGUUCCAGAGUCGGACGCAUAUGGAAUGCACAUACGCAACUGCAAAGUGGUAGAUGCGGUGGGCAAGAUCGAUCAUACUCUAAUAGACGAGCAGGGGUGCUCUGCGGAUCUUCAGAUCAUCGAUCAUCCCCAUUAUGACACCUACCACGACACUGCUUCCUCUCACAUGUGGGCUUUCAAGGUUCCAGACAUGUCGAGCCUCCAGAUCAAAUGUGAUAUUCUGAUAUGCUCAAACAUCAAGUCUUCCGUUACGAACACGACUAGCUGUGAGGAUAUUCCUUCGCCUCCAUUCUGUGCAGAUGUUGUGACGUCUCCACCAAAUUCUAUCCUCUCAGAUGCUUCUUCAUUCAUCAAGCAUCGACGUGCUUCAGUACCUUCUGAAGUUUCCCCAGCGACGCAAUCGGUGAGAACCUCGAUUUGCUUGUCGAAAAGCUGCAGACCAGAUUUUUCAGAAGAAGUCCGAAUCUGCGUCAACACUCAAUUGGCGACUACUUCGACAGGAUUGUCAUUGGCGUUCUUACUUUUUGCAAUUUCUUUCCAAAUUAUCGCAAGAACAAAGCGACCUUAAACCAUUUAAUUAAAUUCUCAAAUAAUUUAAUAACAAUAAUUAAUUAAUUUAACAAAGAAAAGUGCAAUAUUUCCAAUAAAGGUUCUCAGUCUC